UUGGACAACGUAGACUGCGAAGUGCGACGCUGUCCAACACACGGUGUUCGUUCAUAUCCAAAUUCGACUUCGUUUCGUUCUCAUCGUCAUGUCGUUUUGGUCAACGCCAUUCAUCACCAGCCUCUUUCUUUCUCUCUCUCUGGUGUAACCCUUUUAAACCCUCUGAAUGAACCUCUUUCAUAUUUCCUCUGCUUCUCAUAGAACGCAAAACAUGGACAACAAAACCACUGAACCAAGCGAUUUUACAAGCCCUCUUCUCCCUACAAGUUAUGGCGCCCAUGAUGUUGACGUUGACUUUCUGGAAAAGAGGCACACUGGAGCUUCUUCCGUUCCAAUUACUCUUAUACUCACCACCCUCGUUGCUGUUUUUGGUUCCUACGUUUUUGGCUCUGCUAUUGGGUACUCAUCACCAACUCAAUCUGGAAUCAUGCGUGAUCUCAAUCUCGGAGUGGCACAGUACUCAAUUUUUGGUUCGAUAUUGACUAUUGGAGCUAUGAUUGGUGCCGUUGUUAGUGGUAGAAUAGCAGAUUAUGCAGGUCGUCGAGUUGCCAUGGGGUUGUCCCAGAUUUUCUGCAUCUUUGGAUGGUUUGCCAUAGCAUUCUCAAAGAUUGCUUGGUGGCUUUAUGUUGGAAGACUGUUGAUAGGAUGUGGGAUUGGCCUUCUAUCUUACACGGUACCUGUUUAUGUAGCAGAAAUAACACCCAAGAAUCUUCGAGGGGCAUUCACUGGAGUUCAUCAGUUAAUGAUUUCUUGUGGGAUGUCAUUAACUUAUCUUAUUGGAGCAUAUGCCAAUUGGAGGAUCUUGGCUCUAAUAGGAAUUAUUCCGUGUCUUGUGCAGCUUCUCUGUCUGCCCUUCAUUCCUGAUUCUCCCAGGUGGCUGGCCAAGGUCGGUCGGUUAAAAGAGAGUGAUUCUUCUCUACAGCACCUCAGGGGUAAGAAUGCUGAUGUUUAUCAAGAGGCCACUGAAAUUAGAGACUAUACCGAAGCCUUUCAGAAGCAAACAGAAGCUAGCAUCAUUGGCCUAUUCCGAAUGCAGUAUUUGAAGUCACUUAUCGUAGGAGUUGGCUUGAUGAUACUACAACAAUUUGGAGGGAUUAAUGGCAUUGUUUUCUAUGCAAACUCUAUAUUUAUAUCUGCUGGGUUUUCAGAAAGUAUUGGAACAGUAGCGAUGGUCGCCAUUAAGGUUCCAAUGACAACUUUAGGGGUACUUCUGAUGGAUAAAUCUGGAAGAAGACCACUUCUGCUGGUGUCUGCAGUGGGAACAUGCUUAGGAUGCUUCCUGGCAGCCUUGUCAUUCGUCUUGCAGGACUUGCAUAAAUGGAAGGAAGUUAGCCCCAUUAUGGCCCUAGUGGGUGUACUGGUAUAUGUGGGAUCCUAUUCUAUAGGCAUGGGAGCAAUUCCGUGGGUUAUAAUGUCUGAGAUAUUUCCCAUCAACGUGAAGGGCUCUGCUGGAAGCCUUGUGACUUUGGUUAGCUGGUUGUGUUCUUGGAUUAUAUCAUAUGCUUUUAACUUCCUCAUGAAUUGGAGUUCAGCAGGAACUUUUUUCAUGUUCUCUACCAUAUGUGGUUUCACUGUGUUGUUCGUAGCAAAACUCGUACCAGAGACCAAGGGACGAACAUUAGAAGAAAUUCAAGCUUCUAUGAGUUCAUAUUCUUCUGCAAAGAAAUGAAUUCCAUUCAUGAUAAACCAGUAAGAAAUUUCCAAAUGCAAACUGGUUUACUGAAUGAAGAAAAUUGCAUUCAUGAAGCAUCACUGUACUUUUAGUGAUUGUAUUCUGAUGUACACUACACAUCCUUAGAAUUAUUUGUUUAUACUAUAUACUUCAAUAUUUUUUAUUUGAUAUUUUUUUGAGACUGUCAUAUGUAGAGUUGAAUAUUUGAUUUUCAUAUAAGAUGUUGUAGCCAUUUGACAUGUUUCACUUCGUCAAUGAAAGUGCAGAAAUCUCUUCA